GGUGUUUGGCGCAGGCGCAUUGCCGCACGAUGGCGGCGGGUCGGUGGCGGCCGCGUCCUUGAGCAUCAGCGGCGGCGGCGAUGGCUCGGCUCGCGGACUACUUCCUGGUUGUGGGCUACGACCAUGAGAAGCGCGGGAGUGGUGAGUGUCAGGGACGUAUCAUCCAGCGGUUCCCAGAGAAAGAGUGGGAGGACAGCCCAUUCCCCCAGGGCAUUGAACUGUUCUGCCAGCCCAGUGGGUGGCAGCUCUUUGCUGAGAAGAAAUCACCAAUGUUCUUUGUAGCCGUUCUGACUGACAUCAACUCCGAGCGUCAUUACUGUGCCUGCUUCACCUUCUGGGAAGCAGUGGACAGCUCACAGAGGAACCAUGUGAGUGAUGCUGGUGAUGGUGAGGGCUCGGGCGUGGCACAGACGGUGCCAGUGUUUGCUCCGCGGAGCCUGGUGAUUGUUUCACGGCUGGACCACACAGAGGUGUUCAGGAACUGUCUGGGGCUGUUCUACACGAUCCACGUGGAUGGCCUGAAUGUUGCCCUGGAAACGGUGGUUGGGAACCUGCUGACGAGCUUCAUACCUAUCACAGGGGGGUCACAGAGGACGGUCUCACUGGGAGCAGGCGAUCGGCAGGUUGUACAGACGCCCAUCAACGAUGCCCUGCCCGUCAGUGGCUGCAGUGUCGCACUGCUCUUCAAACAGCUGGGGAUUAACAACGUGUUGGAUUUGUUCUGUGCUGCCCUGACUGAGCAUAAAAUCCUCCUGCUGUCGGCCAGUUACCAGCGGCUGACUGACGCUUGCCGGGCAUUACUUGCACUGAUGUUCCCACUCAGAUACAGCUUCACGUACAUCCCGAUUCUCCCGGCACAGCUGCUGGAGGUGCUCUGCACUCCCACCCCCUUCAUCAUCGGCGUUCACUCCGGCUCCCGGCCAGAGAUGCAGGACCUGUUAGAUGUGAUUGUAGCGGAUCUGGAUGGAGGAACCAUCACAAUUCCAGAGUGUGUCCAGAUCUCAGAGCUUCCACAACCUCUUCUCCAGCAGACACAGAACUCACUGUCCAUGGUAAUGGACCCUGAAUUAGAAUUUGCUGAUUUUGCUUUCUCCCCGGCCUCCCUGUCCGUUUCCUCAAUGAAAUUCCAGGACAAGGAGAUACGGGCUGUGUUCCUGCGCUUGUUUGCACAUCUGUUUCAAGGCUACCGUUGGUGUCUUCACAUGGUCCGAAUCCACCCAGAGCCAGUGAUUCACUUCCACAAGGCAGCCUUUUUGGAACAAAGGGGGUCGUUAGACAAUGAGUUUCUGACUCGAGUUCUGGAAGGAAUGGCCUUUGCCGGCUUCAUCUCGGAGAGAGGAUCUCCCUACCGACCCACCGACCUGUUCGAUGAGUUGGUCGCAAAUGAAAUUGAAAGGAUCAGGUCGGAGGAUGGAAAUGCUCAGAAAAUGCAGAAACAUGUGAAGGAAUUAUCAGAACAUCUUCACCGCAAUGAGAACCCUUACCCCGUGGUGGCCAUGCACAAGGUGCAGCGACCAACUGAGGGCUCUCAUCUGCGAGCCCAGGGCAGGAGCUUUCCUCACCUGGACGAGGGCACUGUGCAGUGGAUCAUCGACCAGGCCUCAGCUAAACUCAAAAGCCAGGCCCCCGCAGUCCGUGUGGAGGUGAAUUCCCCGGUGCUGGCCGGACCCGCAAAUGCUGCUGUGACAGACAGGAACAGCCACGUUCUGUCCAACUGUGCUCGGAGGUUAGAGGUCGUCAAGAACUGCAUCGCCUACAUAUUCGACAACAAGGUGUUAGAGGCCAAGAAGUUGCUGCCAGCGACGUUGAGAGCCUUAAAGGGUCGUGGAGCCCGAAUGUGCCUAACACACGAGCUGAAUCUCCACGUGCAGCAGAACAGAGCUGUGCUCGAACACCAGCAGUUUGACUAUGUCGUGCGGAUGAUGAACUGCACUUUACAGGACUGCACGCCACUGGAUGAACAUGUGAUAGCUGCUGCAAUGCUUCCACUGGUCACCGCUUUCUGCAGAAAGCUGGGCUCAGGCAUUACACAGUUUGCAUACAGCUGUGUGCAGGAACACCUGAUCUGGACUAACCUGCAGUUCUGGGAGGACAUGUUUUACAGUGACGUCCAGAACCACAUCCGCGCUCUGUACCUGGAGAUCAGCGACACAGCUCCACCUGACACGGAGAUGUCAGCGCUGGAGGUGGCAGCUCAGCAGCUGAGACUGUGGCCGACACUGAGCCGGGAGAAGCAGCAAGAGUUUAUACAGAAAGAGGAGAGCACGGUGUUCAGCCAGGCCAUUCAUUAUGGCAACCGUCUCAGCUACUUGCUCCUCCCCCUGGACACAAGCCGGAACCGUCUGCUCCGCACCUCGGGCAUCGCAGACGUGGAGAGCGUCAGCAACAGUUUUGUCACUAAUAGUAUUGCAGGUAGUGUAGCAGAGAGCUAUGACACGGAGAGCGGCUUUGAGGAUGCUGAAAGCUCGGAUGUAGCAAAUUCCGUUGUGCGAUUCAUCAACAGGUUUGUGGAUAAGGUCUGCACAGAGAGCGGAGUCACUAACGAUCACCUCAAGUCCCUGCACUCUAUGAUCCCAGACAUUGUUCAGAUGCACAUUGAGACGCUGGAUGCAGUCCAGCGUGAGAGCAAGAGACUCCCAGCCAUACAGAAGCCCAAACUGCUGAGGCCAAGCCUGCUGCUGGGGGAGGAGCUGGUGAUGGAGGGGCUGAGGGUGAUCCUCAUACCUGACGGCCGAGAGGAGGCAUCUGGGGGGGCCUUGGGAGGUCCCCCCAUUCUCCCUGCUGAAGGGGCCGUCUUCCUCACAACCUAUCGAAUCAUCUUCAAAGGCGUGCCCAUCGAAACACUAGCUGGAGAGCAGACUGUGAUUCGCUCGUUCCCCAUCGCUUCUCUCACCAAAGAGAAGAAAGUGACGAUGCAUUCGCAGGCAGAGCAGUAUCUCCAGGAUGGCUUCCAGCUUCGCUCCUGUACCUUCCAGCUGAUCAAAAUUGCCUUUGAUGAAGAGGUGGCACCAGAUCUGGCAGAAACGUUCCGAAGGCACAUUCACAAGCUGCGUUACCCACCACAUGUCCACGGUACCUUUGCCUUCACCGUGGGGCAGUCGCCAAAGCAAGUGGUGGAACCCAAACAAAAGGAAAAGAAUCCGUCACUAAAAACUCUCUCAAAGAACCUGAUGAAGAACGCCAAGAAAACGAUGGGCCGUCAACACGUCACCAGGAAGAAAUACAUCCCCCCGGUCUGGGGCGCCAGCCAGCCUCCCCGAGAUCCUGACGAUAUAUCAGAUGAGCUGGAGCCCAGUGCUAUGACCCUCUCCAGCACCAUCCGAUCCAGUGAGAAAUCCACGAUGAACCAUGUGGUGGAGAAAGCUUGUUGCCGUGACUACCAGCGGCUUGGUCUGGGCACACUCAGCAGCAGCCUCACCAGGUCCAAGAACGAACCAUUCCGAAUCACCACUGCCAAUCGCAUGUACACGGUGUGCAAGAGCUACCCUGGGCUCCUGAUCAUCCCACAGUCUAUCCAGGACAGCACUGUUCAGCGCAUUGCCCGCUGCUACCGGCAGAAUCGCUUCCCUGUUAUCUGCUGGAGGAAUUCCCGCACAAAAGCCCUGUUACUGCGCUCUGGGGCUCUGCACGGCAAGAGCGUAGUGGCUCUCUUCAAAUCCCAGAACUCCCCCGCAGCAGGUGCAUCACAGACUGAUUCCACCAGUCUGGAGCAAGAGAAGUACCUUCAGGCCAUCGUUAACUCCAUGCCUCACAGCACGACUGGUCGCAACACACUCAGCGGCUGUGCCUCAGCCUACAUGGGUAGCUCAGACUCAGGGGAUAAGCAUCGGCAGCCGAAGAUCGGGCAGCUGAUGAAGCAGGUGAUGGGGGGGAAGGAAGAUUCGUCUCAGACGUUCAGCCGCGGAGGAAAGUGGGGCAGUAUCCGGGGCAGUGGGCGGCUCAGCACAUACACACUCAAUAUGGACGUGGGCACCCGUCUGGCGGGAAAGGAGACGUCAGGGGCACAGCCCAACGGAUCUCCAGCCGACACCCAGCUGUUCAGGCAGCACAGAGCAGCUCUCUACAUCAUCGGGGAGAGGGCGCAGCUCAAGGGAGUGAAGCAGGAUCCACUGCUGCAGUGGGAGUUGGUUCCCAUCGAAGUCUUUGAUAUCCGGCACGUCAAGGCCAGCUUCAAAAAGCUCCUGAAGGCAUGUGUGCCGAGUGCCAGCAGCUCUGAGCCCAACCUCUCACACCAUCGCUCCCUGGAGGACUCUGAGUGGCUGACACAGGUACACAAGUUGCUGCAGGUCUCUGUGCUGGUGGUUGAGCUGCUGGAUAAUGGUUCCUCGGUGAUGAUCAGCCUGGAGGAUGGAUGGGACGUCACUACCCAGGUGGUUUCUCUGGUGCAGUUGCUAUCAGACCCGUACUACAGGACUAUGGACGGAUUUCGGCUGCUGGUGGAGAAGGAAUGGAUGUCAUUUGGACACCGAUUUAGCCAGCGAAGUGCCCAGACUGUAAGCAGCCAAAACAGUGGCUUCAUCCCCGUCUUCCUGCAAUUCCUGGAUUGUGUUCACCAGAUCCACCUGCAGUUCCCGAUGGAGUUUGAGUUCAGUCAGUAUUACCUGCGGUUCCUGGCCUAUCACUACGUGUCCAGCCGCUUCCGCACCUUCCUGCUGGACUCGGAUUACGAGAGAAUUGAACUGGGGCUAAUAUAUGAAACGAAAGGAGAUCGAGUGAACAGGUCGCUCUGGGAUUAUAUCGAGAAGCUCAAUAAGAAAACACCCAUCUUUUUCAAUUACCUGUACUCUCCCGAGGACGCUGAGGUACUGAGACCCUACAGUAACAUCUCCAACCUGAAGCUGUGGGACUAUUACACACACGAAACGCUGUCAGAGGGGCCACCGUAUGACUGGGAGCUGAUUCACGGGCGCAGUGAGCAGGGCAUUGACGGGGAGCGAGCAGACAGUGGGGCCUCACACACACAACGCUCCAUUGUGUGGCCAUGUUACCACAACCAGCACAAGACAGAGCCAGACGCCAUCACCAAACUGUUAGAGGAGCUGCAGGUGCUGGAGACUGAGCUGGGGCAGGUGCCGGAGCGGUGGAAAGAGACGUGGGACAAGAUCAAAGCAACACAGCGGCCAGAGAGCAGACCAGAGAGCAGACACUUGUCUUCAAGUUCUCUGCUUACGUCCACGAACCUGUUUGCGCGGCGAUCGCUGGGUGUGUUUCUACAUGAGACGGCAGCAGGUUCCAGCCUGAACCUGAGUCUGGACAACGACGGGGUCUCAGUCAGCACCAACACCAGCGGCCCCAGCAGCAGGAAGAGCACGAGCACCUUAUAUAGCCAAUUCCACAGCUCGGAGAGUGAGCACAGGUCCUACGAGGGAACUGUUUACAAGAAAGGAGCAUUACUGAAAGCCUGGAAACCUCGUUGGUUUGUCCUGGAUAAAACCAAACAUCAGUUGAGAUAUUACGACAGUAAGUCGGACACUGAGGUUAAGGGGGUUGUGGACUUGGCUGAGGUGGAGUCGGUGACCUCGGGGUCAGCAGCAACCGGAGCUCCUAAAGGCAUGGAGGAGACGGCCUUCUUUGACCUGAAGACCACAAAGAGAGUUUACAAUUUCUGUGCCCAGGACGGGGCUCGGGGCCAGCGCUGGAUCGAUGAGAUACAGAGCUGCCUGUCAGAUGCCUGAGCAGUGCAGAUAUUGACUGCUCACAGCUCAGUGACAGCCUCACUCGAACACAGACACACUGGACAGUGUGACGAGGCUCGAUCCUUACCCACAGACUCGGCUCCUGGUUUACAGGAGACUUUCCAUUUCAGGGUAAAGAGCUGCUCAGAGACCAUCACUGAGUUACACAGGAAUGUCCUGGUCUCCACCAGCCUCCAACCCUCUCACCGAGGACUCCGCCCCUCUCACCGAGGACUCCGCCCCUCACACUGAGGACUCCGCCCCUCUCACCGAGGACUCCGCCCCUCACCAAGAACUCCGCCCCUCUCACUGAGGACUCCGCCCCUCACCAAGAACUCCGCCCCUCUCACUGAGGACUCCUCCCACUCUCAGUAUUUAAUGUGGAAAUAUCAAACAUGGCACACAUGUCCUGGGCCUGAUACCAUGUGAGCACCGUGUACCCAAACCCUAUACACAGCCCCAGGGUACAGUUUAUUGCCUGUGUCACAUGUUUAGAAUAUAUUGAAAACUUGCGCUGUUUAUUUUAAUAACAGACAACAAAUAUUUUUACAAAAAUGAUAAGCUGUUUGAGAGGCUCUUGUGCUCUCAGAGCAGCGGAUGCAUUUCUAUAUAGAUCAUUGCAGCCAGUGAGAGCAGGAGGGGGUUAAAGGCUGUGAAGGCAGGAGAGGGUUAAAAUAUUUACUGAGCAGCUUCUGAAUCCAGAAUUCUCUAAACCACUCGAGUUGUUCACACUGUCAGUCAGUCAGUCAGGCUGUUACACUGUCAGUGGGGGAGGAUAAUGAGGGAUGUAUGUUUGUGAUUAGUUCUGUAUUAACUUAUGCAAAGGGAGGGUUUGCCUUGUUUACAAAGCCACGUGAUGUGUUCUGUGCAGUCAGAGGUGUCUCCUUUCAGAGCCUGGGACAUUCCCCCCCCACCCCCAUCCCCUCCCAAACUCGGCACAGGUACCUGCUACAACUUCUGACACUUGUGUAAAUAUCAGACACCGUUCCUGCACUUUAAACCAUUUCCCCAACCCGUGACCCAACUACUGUAACCUCCCUCAUCUCUCUUGUAACCUCCUCCUGCCCCACUCCCUCACCCUCAGCCUCGCCCCCUCACCCCCAGCCCUGACCCUCUCACUCAUCCCUACCCCUCUUCUCCCCCCCCCCCGUCCCAAUUAUACACCCCCACUGCCCUCAUCCUUCCAGUUUGUGGUUUAGCCCAUGUGGUAUUUUGCACGUUCAGCUUCCAUGUGGCCUCUCGGAGGGACAGGACGCUGAGUAACCAUUUGCACUGUUCCCUCCCUUGGACGAGUUCUUUAUUUUUAAUAAUAAUUUUAAGGUGAAUAUUUCCUGUUCAAUAUAGCUGUCAUGCACAGGGUUGCAGCUUAGUUAGCAAUAGUUUGGCUUCUUACUCUGGAAUUUGUUCUGUAUUUUAAGGAUGUUGCUUUGUACCCAAGGACUGAGCCCCCCCGCCUCCCCCCGGCCUGUUACAGCUAAAGACUACAAUCUUCAUCACCGUGCUUAAAGAGUAUGCAAACCAGAAGAAGAGUUCAACGUAUGAAUGCCACCCAUGCAAGGAAAUCUUCCUGUGUCUGGAAUGGAAUGGUCACUCUCUCUCCCUGGAAAGACACAUCCAGGUUACCUAAUUUUGAACAGUAUUAGGUGCAGGUUGGUGAGAGCCAAGGCUGGGGGGGGAUCCCAGAGUGUGGGUUGGGGUAACUGCUGGUAUCUAACCAGCUAAAAUCACACAUAGUUUGCCAUAGAGAGUGCUGUCUGGUCAAGCGUUCCCACUGCUUGUCCAGCUAGGACCACCCUACUAGUUACUAGUUUGGCUGCAGGGUUUAUGAGCUGAGCGGGAAGAAUCCCUGUCCCCAGGGACUGGUCUACCCUUUCAAGUCCUGCCGAUGGGCCAGGCCGGGCGGUGGUGUCAACAACAGUGAGUGCCCUGGAAUACUACGGACCCACCUGGCUCAGGAACUGGACUAGAUACCAUCAUAGAGGGUGUUCUUGAUUCUGAUGUUAAGUUGCCAGGCAAGUCACCUUGUAGGUAGUUCAGCUCCACCCUGUGUAUGUAACCCCCCCUCCCUGCCCCCCGGAGGAGUCACCAGUUGGUCACCACCUCAACCCCAUUAGCUGUAAUCCUCAAUUCUUUCUCAGAAAGCAGCAGCAACUCUGAGGUCAGAGGCUGGUCUCUGUGAGACCCAGAAACCCCUUCAGCAGUUGCCAGGAACGGAGGGUCUUGGUUUUCCCCUGGACGUGUGUGGGAGGCACAGGUGAGAGAAUUGACUGCACAGACACAUUGUGAUGGAUGGGUAUUUCAGCAGUGUUGUAGUCAGGGUUUGCUGUUGCAGCAGAGAACAGUCUGUAUAUACUUUAAUCUGAAAGCUUCAUAGAUCCAAUGUACAGUUCAGAUCGUCGCCAAUUGUUCUGCAUCUGAUGUAUUUGUGUCUUUCUAGUUCUCUAUAUUUGAAGAAAACAAAUGUCUGUGACCGUGA